ACCACCGGCGGCGGCGGCCAGCUCCCCUGCAUAUUGCUCAUCGGCGCUGGCGCGAACUCGUCUCGCGUUCCGUUUCUUGGUAGGCGCCGGCGGCAGCAGCGGCAGUGCGAGCCUGGGAGGGGAGCCGUAGUCUCCCACACAGGGCCUCCCCUCUAAAACCCUGGGCUGCAAGGGGUGUCAAACGCGAGGGAGGGAUAGAUGCUGCGCUGCGUCUAUGCGCAGCGGCGUUGGGCGCACCGGCGUGGCGGCUUCGUCGCCGGCGGGACGGGCUGGUCGCAGCGCCCUGCCCCCGCCGCGGCAGCUGCUGCGGCGGCGGGUGCGAAGAAGUCGGAUUGGUGGGCGGUGGACGGCGAGAUGCACGAGAUCGGGGACGGCGUGCCGCACCGCGAGCGCUUCGCCAUCCCGCGCGACAACCUCCCCAACCGCCGUCGGAAGCAGAUGCGCGAGCAGUUCAUGCGCCGCACGCGCCUCGUCCUCAAGGACACGGAACAUGAAGCUUGGUGCAAAAAUUAUAUGGAACUAUACCAAGAACUUAGAGAGAAUUGGGAAAGGUUAUAUUGGGAUGAAGGUUUUUCAAAAAAGAUUGCUGAAGAUCAUGCUAAUUAUGAUUCUGCUGAAGAAGAUGAUAUGGACUUCUCGCCUUACAGCAGAAAAAGGCGCCCCAAUGCAGAACCAAAUAAGGACAAUGUUUUUGGGGCAGGCAAGCAUGGUGAAACAUGGGAAAGAGUUGCUCAAAUUCGUGACAAGUUUGAAUAUGACAGAGAAAGAAGAAUGAGGGAACGAGCAUUUGCUCCCAUGAACAUGGAGAACAGAUUCAGGAACCAGCAUGAUUCAAACUACGCCUCAGCAAACAAGGAAGACAAUUUUGGUUCACACGGCCCAGAUUUUGGAAAUGAAGCUAAUCGAAGUUUUCAACGUGAUACAAGUUUCAGGAACCGGCCCAAUGUGAAUUUCCAAAAUGAAUCAAGUAUCAGAAAUAACAACUAUCCAAAUUUCCGAAACCAACGUGACACAAGAAAUCAUAUGAUGUCUGAUGAUCAGGAUUUCUAAGGAUAUGAUCUUGCAGCGUGCAAGGUGGACAAAUUGUACUACUCAAAGGAGCUGAUUUUGUAGCUAUGUAAGAGGAAACAGAAUGUGUUGUAGUAGGUUUUAUCACUGCCUUUUACGCUUCUUCUCAUCAUGUGUCAAGACGAUGCAGGAUGUCUACAACUAAUAGCAAAGUGCAACGGCAAUCUGAAUAAAUUCAGAUCCAGCGCGUUCUUAUUUUCUUUGAAGGAUGGUCAUUUCAGUAAGGGAACUCUGUCCAAAAUUUACCCUCAAGUUCAUCCAUAAUCCAUUAGCAUACGUGAAAAAAUAGGCAGGAAAUUACACC